CAAGGACUUCAAGGACUUCAAGGGGCUAUUUGUUGGCUAUUAACGGAGCGGGCGAACAGUGCGUGAUCGGACCUCUCCAUGGCUUACUCGUCAACCCCACGGAGCUCCGGCGCCGCCGACAAUCGGAAAUCUAAGAUAAUGUUAGGGUUCGUAAACAACGCGAAGAAACAUAAGCACAACUUCAUUCAAUUGGCGGCCAUGACGGGAAUUUUUCUGCUGAGUUGCAGAUCUUUGGGGCAAAAGUACCGAAUCCAUGAUCUUGAGGAGGAUACUUAUAAGCUCAACGAGGAGCAAGAGUCCCUCUCUGAGCGCAUGAGAAACAUCAAGAGUGCACUACUUCACGAAGCUUCUCUUGACUCUACCGGCCUCUUUGCUUCUCGCCUUCGUCUUCUUUUCGGCGAAGAAGAUUAAUCAUAGGAUCCAGUAGUAGUGAAGAACUUCCUCUCCUGGAAGUCACUUUCGCGAGCCUGGGCUUUUACCGCGAUGCACGCUCCAAUGCCGGAGCUUGCCUGAUAUGGGUAUUGGCUGCUGCUGCUUCUCGUUCGUUUCUAGUUAUGAAAAAAAAUGGAAUCGUUUCUCCUUUGGAAUCCACUUGCUCGGCCUUUUCGUUUCUCUUGGCGGAAAGUGGGGAGAUCGCCCCUCGUUUCACGAAAAUAAAAAAUUACUCAGCGAGUUCAGCAAUAGAUUAUACAUUAUUAUGUAUUAUUAAAUAAUAUAAAAAAGGGGCAGAGUGGGGAUAUUACUGGAUUAGCAUGGUUGUGAACACGUGAGGGUGGCCGAAAUUCAGUGCUUAGGGAACAAGGGCAACCGUUUGUGAAUACAUGUGUUACUGUUGGUGUUA